UUAAAUUUGGUUUGGAAAGGCUGCUAAAAUGGCUUUGGUGAGAUAUUAUUAAAAGUGCACAAAUUAAUAAAGUCUAAAAAAAAUCUAUCUCAAAUGAAAUGCAUAUUCAGCCCUGCCCCUGCUUUUGCUUGUGCACUCCUGGGUGGAGUACAAGAUUAAACAAUACUGCAAGUCAAUAAAAGGGGUUGACACUGGGUACAAAAAGGAGUAAGCAGGAGGAAAGUCAUGUGGGCAUUUUUUUAUGUCAACUUGCUCAUGUACUUCAUGUUGUUGUAUUCCUACUUUUCUUCUGCUGUGCCCUCCCCUCUUUAUUCCACCUCCUGCCAGUUACAGGGACAGUUUCACCUAAAUGGGAUGCACAAGGCUGGAGAUGUGGUUCUGGGUGGGGUGUUUCAGAUCCACUUCUUUUCUGUCUUUCCUGACCAGACUUUUAUCUCAGAGCCACAGCAGCCUACCUGCAAUGGUUUUGAUGUUCUAGGAUUCAGGCAGGCUCAGACCAUGGCCUUUGCUAUUGAUGAGAUCAACAGAAACCCCAACCUGCUACCUAAUGUGACUCUUGGAUACAGUCUUUAUGAUAACUGCCUCAAACUAGGAAUUGGAUUACGUGCAGCGUUAUCAUUAGCCAGUGGUCAAGAAGAGAAGGUUGUAUUAGACGAGACCUGUGUAGGAACCCCUCCAAUCCUAGGGAUUGUGGGUGAUUCUUCCUCUACGAGUUCUAUUGCAAUCUCCACUGUCUAUGGUUUGUACAGGGUACCUCUGGUGAGUUAUUUUGCCACAUGUUCGUGCAUGAGUGACCGGCAAAAGUUUCCAUCCUUCUUUAGGACCAUUCCAAGUGAUGCUUUCCAGGUGCGUGCUAUGAUUCAGAUUCUCAUUCUCUUUGGCUGGACUUGGACAGGUCUGCUGGUCAGCGAUGAUGACUAUGGACUCCACGCUGCCCAAUCCUUCCAAUCUGACCUGGUUCAGACUGGUGGCGGUUGUCUGGCCUACGUAGAGGUUUUGCCUUGGGGCAAUGACCAAGCUGAACUAAGGAGGAUUGUGGAUGUGAUGAGGAAAUCUACAGCUCGUGUGGUCAUAGUGUUCGCACAUGAGAGUCACAUGAUUAACCUCAUGGAAGAGGUGGUGAGGCAGAAUGUGACAGGCCUGCAGUGGAUGGCCAGUGAAGCCUGGACAGCAGCUGCUGUGCUGCAGACCCCCCAGCUAAUGCCAUACCUGGGUGGCACUCUGGGCAUUGCCAUCCGUCGAGGAGAAAUAGCAGGGUUCAGGGACUUCCUGUUACAAAUACGUCCUGACCUACAACACAACAACAGCUAUGGAAAUAGCAUCGUAAAUCAGUUUUGGGAAGACACAUUUCAGUGUAGAUUUGCACCACCUCCAACAGGUUGGGUGGAAGCUGGAGGAGCACUAUGCACUGGAAAUGAAGAUCUAGAGAAUGUGGAGACUGACUUGUUGGACAUUUCAAAUCUCAGGUCAGAGUAUAACGUGUACAAGGCUGUGUAUGCCUUGGCGUUUGCUCUUGAUGACAUGCUGCAGUGUGAGCCUGGGAGAGGGCCUUUCAGCGGACACAGCUGUGGCAAUUUGCAAAGACUGGAGCCAUGGCAGCUUGUGUAUUACUUGGAAAAAGUCAACUUCACGACCCCAUUUGGUGAUCAAGUGUCAUUUGAUAAGAAUGGUGAUGCCUUACCAAUAUAUGAUAUCAUGAACUGGCUGUGGCUCCCUGAUGGAAGAACUAAAGUACAGAAUGUGGGUGCAGUUAAAGAGUCAUUCAAAGGUGAAGAACUCAUACUUGAUGAAGACAAAAUCUUCUGGAACUUUGAAUCCAAACAGCCACCCCAGUCAGUUUGCAGCAAGAGCUGUCCUCCAGGUACCCGCAUGGCCAGAAAGAAGGGGGAACCCGAGUGCUGUUUCGACUGCAUCCCUUGUUCUGAGGGAGAGAUCAGCAAUAAGACCGACUCCAUGGAGUGCACCAGUUGCCCAGAGGAUUUCUGGUCCAGCCCCCAGCAUGACCACUGUGUUCCUAAGAAAACUGAGUUCCUCUCCUACUAUGAGCCUCUCGGUAUCUUUUUGACAACAACCUCAUUGCUAGGCACAAUUAUCUGUGCUGUUGUCCUGGUAAUCUUUACCUAUCAUCGCAGUACACCCAUGGUACGCGCCAACAAUUCAGAGCUGAGUUUCCUGCUCUUGCUGUCACUAAAACUAUGUUUCCUGUGUUCACUGCUCUUUAUGGGACGUCCAAGUCUGUGGACAUGUCAACUGAGACAUGCAGCAUUUGGGAUCAGCUUUGUGCUUUGCGUCUCAUGUAUUUUGGUGAAAACCAUGGUGGUUCUGGCUGUGUUCAAGGCCUCCAAGCCAGGAGGAGGAGCCAGUCUCAAGUGGUUUGGUGCUGUGCAGCAGAGAGGAACAGUUUUAGUUCUUACCUGCAUUCAGGCAGGAAUCUGCACUGCUUGGAUUGUCUCUGCCUCACCAGCUCCUCAUAAAAACACUCAAUACUACAAUGACAAAAUAUUUUAUGAGUGUGUAGUUGGGUCAACAGUUGGUUUUGCAGUGUUACUUGGCUAUAUUGGCUUGCUGGCUAUCCUCAGCUUCCUGUUAGCAUUUCUGGCGAGGAAUCUUCCAGAUAACUUCAAUGAGGCCAAACUCAUCACUUUCAGCAUGCUGAUCUUCUGUGCUGUGUGGGUUGCCUUUGUCCCUGCUUACGUCAACUCCCCAGGCAAAUAUGCAGAUGCAGUGGAGGUAUUUGCCAUCCUAGCCUCCAGUUUUGGCCUCUUGGUGGCACUGUUUGGACCCAAAUGUUACACAAUCCUGCUGAGACCAGAGAGAAACACAAAGAAAGCUAUCAUGGGCCGAGGAACCACCAAGUCAUAAAACCAGCACUCAAAGUAAAUGUAACAAUUUAUC